AUGUCGUCCAAGAGGCACUCCGUCCUCCCGGCCGUUGACCGCAGCGGUCCGAAACCGCCUGUCAACUUCUCUACGUCGCUUACCAUUUCCGAUAAUGCCGUUCUCCAGGGCACACACUCGAUCACGAUGCAGGCAGAGACGGUAGUGCACCCCCGAUCGCGCAUCGAGUCAAGCGUUGGCAGCGUUCUUGUUGGGCGACGAUGUAUCAUCCAGGAACGCGUGCACCUCGGAGCUGCUUCGGGAAAUAUAGAUAAGGGCACAGGUGGUGUCAGCCUUGGGGACUACGUGCUCAUCGAAGCGGGCUCAGUUAUCGAGGCUGGAGGCACGGAAAUCGGCGAGGGCAGCAUCAUUCAAGUGGGAAGCAAAAUCGGAAGCGGUGCGAAGAUUGGCAAAGUAAGGGCUGAGAGUUACUUGUUUCUUACACGGAGAAGCUAA